GAUGGACGCAACCCUGAAAGAGCUGACCAGCUUAGUGAAAGAAGUGUACCCAGAAGCACGGAAGAAGGGCACUCACUUCAAUUUUGCAAUUGUUUUUACAGAUCUCAAGAGGCCUGGGUAUAGGGUGAAGGAGAUCGGCAGCACCAUGUCAGGCAGGAAGGGCACAGAUGAUUCCAUGACAUUGCAGUCUCAGAAAUUCCAGAUAGGAGACUACUUGGAUAUAGCAAUUACUCCUCCAAAUCGUGCACCACCCCCAUCAAGCCGCAUGAGACCAUACUAAGCCGCUGCUUCUCCGUAUGGCUGUCUUCUGUCUAUUCCUACUUGCUGUUUAAAGCAGGCUUAUUUUUUUUGCUUUUGUUGCUAAGCAGGAACAUCUGAAGACAAAGCUAAGCAUCAGAAAUGAAAGUUAACUUUUAAACCUUAACUUUUAGUUUGUUUAGAAGAAACAUUUCUCUAUAGCAGUGCCAUCAUCCUAUCCCUGAGUGUUAUAGUUUGAACAGGAAGUUAGUGUGUCCAGUGUUUCAAGAUUUCCAUGAAAUAUGACCAGAAGGAUUACAGGUGUUCUGUAGUUCUGUCUUGUUUGGAAUAAAGAUGGAUGUUAUUGAUC